UCACAAAGAGCGUUUUCCCUUAUCUCUCUCUUGUCGAAACAUCAUCUAUGAGCAAAGGCGUGACAGGAUCUCCUGCAUUUUGCACUUCAACGGGGCGAAGAAGCGCGACAUUGUCACGCUGCUGCUGAUCUGUGCUGAUCUGCCCAUCGCCCGGGCUCGUCCCUGUCUUGUCACGUCGUGUGCCGAUCGGCUGUGCCCAGCCACGCCAUUCAAUCGCCCCUCGCACUCCUCCCGGGAGUGGUGCCGUUGGUCAGCCAGCAGCUAUUAUGAGUGGAAUUCGCCGCAGCCUCGGUGACGGUGCCCGCCAUCUGUGCGCCCUCCCCCUCCCGCCUCCCUGCCUACCCCCACCAGCCACACACAGGUGGCCGAUCAAGUCGCUGUCUGCGGCAGCCAGGAGGCUUCAGCACUCAUCGUCACCACCAUCGUCGGUGUCUGCCGAGCCUUCUCAGCCGGCGCCGGCAUGCAGGAGGCAUGGCGAGCAGAGGAGUGAGGUCGUUGGUUAUUAUCGGUCUGCAGAAGGGAGGUCGCUGCUGCAUCAGCCGAGGAGGGGGCAGAUGAUGGCUGGGCGGGGGAGGGCUAUGUGUGAGCAGCGUCGGUGUUUUUUGGGUUUGCAUCUGCCGCACCUGCCCGGCACUGACACGAAGCCCCUCCACCAUGAAGACAGGAAACUCGUGCCGUAAGCAAAGCAGAGGGAGGAGGGCGAGGCGACCACAUGCUGCGUAGGUUGAAUUCCAUCCAUUGUCUAUCGAUUGUGUUGUGUGAGUCGUGCAGUUACAGCCCCGAGCAGUACUAUGACCUGGUGGUGGAUGUGGAAAACUACGAGAAGUUCCUCCCAUGGUGCCAGGUAACGUACACACAGACAUCCACACACAGCACAGCACAGCACAGCCUUAUCGUUGGUUGUAUCCUCUCACUGUGUGUGGGCUGGCCUGCCGUCUGUCUGUCUGUCUGUUUGUCUGUGGGCUGGCCUGUCCGUCUGGAUGCAUCAGGAGUCUCGUUUGGUGACCGAGGGCAACCCCGGUCCGGCGCGGGAUGCGCACAAGACAGCCACCUCCGCCCGAUUCAAGGCCGAGCUGGUCGUGGGGUUCAGGCUGUUCAAGUGAGCAAGGGGCAAAGGGGCCAGCCAGGAUGGAUGUCAUGUCGUGUGUAUGCCAUCCAUGUCUGUCAUUUUGUGUAAUGUAUGUGUUGUUCCCCUUCCAGGGAGCGUUACACGUCGAUAAUCGACGGGACGCGCCCCAAGCUGAUCAAGGUGUCGGCGGCCGACUCGAACAUAUUCGAAAGGCUGGUGGGGUGGGCUCUGACUGAUGGACUGAUGGAUGCAGUGAUAGAUCGCAUAUGUGAUGUGUGGAUGCAUUGUGUCUGCUGGUCUGUCGAUGUAUGUGUGUGUGUGUAGGUGAACAUAUGGCGCUUUGAGAACGGCCCCGAGCCCCAGACAUGCUGGCUCACAUUCACCAUCGAAUUCAAAGUCAGUCAGCCCCACACAAUGACUGACCGUCACAAGACAAGCAAUAAAGCAAAUUGUGGUUGCUGCCUGUGUGUGUGUGUGUGUACUGGCCAGUUCGCAUCCGUCUUCCACCAGCAGGCUGCGGGCCUCUUCCUCUCUGAGGUCUGUGCGUUGGUGGGUGGGUGUUUUGGUGCGACAGACACAUCGUGUCGUGUGUUAUGUGAUGGUGUGACCAGGUUGCCCAAGCGAUGGUGCACUCAUUCGACAAGCGAGCGUCUUUCCUAUACGGUGGGCCAACAGGCCACACACGAGAGGAGAGAGAAGGGGGAGACACACACACACACGCAGUGCAGAGCAGUUUUUCUCUUUGUCGAUGGAUUGACCCAAUCAGGUCGGUCGCAGCACAUCAGCCCCGCCAUCACAAGCCCAUCGGUAACUGACACGGACAGAGAAAUGAUCCAGUCCCACAAGGAAACCCGCUCAUAUUGUCUCCUUCCUCUCCUUUCUUGCAGCGUGCCCCGGAGGCCCGUCCAAUGCGCCUGGCGCAGCGGCCGGCAGAGGCGCCCCGAGCACCCGCCGUGGCACCAGCGAGGCCAGUCCCCACCCCCGCCCCGCCCCGUGCAGUGAGGCCACCGCCCACCCCCGUGGCUGCAGCAGCCGGCAGGAGGGAGCCGGCCGUUCUCGCGCCAGGCGAGCUGGAAGCCAUCACCUCACGUAGAAAGGGGAUAUGAAUGAAAGGCCGGGUGGGUCGGUGAGUGUGCGCUGAUAGCAUCCCUCCCUUCGUUUGUUCGUUGGUUUUGGUGUGUAUCUUCAGUGGGCUCCCAGGUGACCUCGUUUUCGUUUUCCGACUGGGCGCGCAUGCUUUUGCGGAUUCAGCAGCUGGAGAACGGCCAGAGGGUCAACUCCAGGGAGGCCAAGGCGCUGAGGAGCCUCGUGAGGCAACAGAAGCCCGAGGUACGUGUAAUGAGAACAGGCAGACCGCGUGUGCAUGUGUGUGUGCUGCGCGUUGAUCGUCAUGUCAUCGAUAUAUCAUCAGGUGGGUAUAGUCUUUGUGGCGUAUGAUCCGUUCUUUCACCACCCGCACGAGGGACAGACCUCGGGGGACUCGCCAGAAGAGGUCAGCCAGGCAGGCAGGCAAUGAGGCAGGGAGGAAGGAAUUCAACACGUUGAAGCCGUCAGUCAGUCAGUCACGGCUUAUCUUAUCUCAUGUGUGUGUGGUUGUGUUGCGUGUAAACCACGUGCUGUGCAGAUAUCCCUGGUGAUGAAUCUGCGUGAAGUGCUGGAAGACGCCAUGUGAUGUGACCGAC